AUUAGUUCGAGCAGAAGGAAGAACGCAGGCAGAGAGGAGUAAAGAGGAAUGAAAGACGAAAAAAAAGAAAGAAAAAGAUUUAGCCGUGUGAUUUCAAAUCCGAUUUUGGUAGCUCAUAUGAAUAAGCAUAUAACUCAUCCGAUUUGAGUAAAUAAUGGGGCAGGUGUACGUUGGAAGAGAUUUGGGUGAGAUUACAAAAGUUAGGGAGUGUCAAUAAGAGAUUGUUUAAUUCGAAGAAACGAAAUGAAACCAGCGGAGAUCUAAUCUAAUGCUGGAGUUAGUUUCAGAAGGAUUUGAAGAAAUCUUCACGAUCAGAACUCGGUCGCGGUAUCUCUCGUUGCCCUAAUCCGGAUCAGAACACAGAUCCUCCGCCGGUACGGUACGUACGUCAAUCGCUGCGAGGUUAAUCCAUUGCACGACAUCACUGGUAGUGUAGUUCAGCCAGCUUGAGUACAUUUUCUGUGCUUUAAUCUCCUUUAACACUGCAAUGGCUUCUACUUUGCCUUCAAGCAAGAAAUUGCAGGCUGCUCUUGUGUGGUUGGUUCUCUCAUUGCAAUCAUGCAGUGGCUUUUACUUACCUGGUAGCUACAUGCACACGUAUUCGAAUGGCGACGAAAUAUAUGCCAAAGUAAAUUCCUUGACCUCCAUUGAAACUGAGCUUCCAUACAGUUACUACAGCCUCUCUUACUGCAAACCCAAUGGGGGCAUCAAGAAAAGUGCAGAAAAUCUGGGGGAGCUUUUGAUGGGAGAUCAAAUCGACAAUUCUCCAUACCGGUUCCGGAUGAACAUAAAUGAGACCGUAUACUUGUGUACAACUCCUCCAUUGGGUGAAGAAGAUGUCAAGCUUUUGAAACAGAGGACCAAGGACAUGUAUCAGGUGAAUAUGAUUCUUGACAAUCUGCCCGCCAUGAGAUUUACGACCCAAAACGGUGUUAAAAUUCAGUGGACAGGAUAUCCAGUUGGAUACACUCCUGCCAACGGUAACGACGAUUACAUCAUCAAUCAUCUCAAGUUUAGGGUGCUGAUCCACGAGUAUGAGGGUGCUGGUGUGGAGAUUAUUGGCACAGGGGAGGAAGGGAUGGGCAUUGUUUCGGAGGUUGAUAAGAAGAAGGCUUCAGGUUAUGAAAUAGUUGGCUUCGAAGUUGAUCCCUGCAGCAUGAAAUUUGAUCCCAAUCACAUGACCAAGCUCCACAUGUACGAUAAUGUCACCGUGGGCACCUGCCCGCAGGAGCUUGACAAGUUCCAGAUUAUUAAGGAGCAGGAGCGGGUGUCAUUCACGUAUUCGGUGGAGUUUGUGAAGAGCAACGUUAGGUGGCCUUCCCGGUGGGAUGCCUAUCUGAAGAUGGAAGGCGACCGCGUGCACUGGUUCUCCAUCCUCAACUCAUUGAUGGUGAUAUUCUUCUUGGCAGGGAUUGUUUUCAUCAUAUUCUUGAGGACGGUAAGACGGGACUUGACGAGGUACGAAGAGCUGGACAAAGAAGCUCAGGCCCAGAUGAACGAGGAGCUGUCCGGAUGGAAGCUGGUGGCAGGGGAUGUGUUCCGAGAACCAUUCCACCCGAAGCUACUGUGUGUAAUGGUCGGAGAUGGAGUCCAGAUUACCGGAAUGGCAGUGGUGACUAUCAUAUUUGCCGCUCUCGGUUUCAUGUCGCCGGCUUCGAGAGGAAUGCUGCUGACAGGGAUGAUCAUGCUCUAUCUUUUCUUAGGAGUUGCUGCUGGGUAUGCCGGCGUAAGGCUCUGGAGGACUAUCAAGGAUACAUCAGAGGGAUGGCGAUCACUUUCUUGGGCGAUUGCAUGCUUCUUCCCGGGAAUCGCAUUCGUAAUCCUCACAGCCUUAAACUUUCUUCUUUGGGGAAGCAAGAGCACAGGGGCACUUCCCAUAUCAUUAUACUUCCAGCUCUUGUCCCUCUGGUUCUGCAUUUCUGUCCCGCUAACGCUCUUCGGGGGGUUCUUGGGGACCCGGGCUGAGCACAUCCAAUACCCGGUGAGGACGAACCAGAUUCCCCGGGAGAUUCCGGAGCGGAAAUGCCCGUCGUGGGUGCUUGUUCUUGGAGCAGGAACUCUUCCAUUUGGAACCCUCUUCAUCGAGCUGUUCUUCAUCCUGUCGAGUAUCUGGCUGGGAAGAUUCUACUACGUGUUCGGGUUCCUGCUGAUCGUGUUCUUGCUGUUGGUUAUAGUGUGCAUCGAGGUGUCGGUGGUACUGACUUACAUGCAUCUGUGUAUAGAGGACUGGAUGUGGUGGUGGAAAGCGUUCUUCUCGUCGGGGUCGGUUGCUGUUUACGUGUUCUUGUAUUCCAUACAUUACUUAGUGUUCGACCUCCGGAGCCUGAGCGGGCCGCUGUCAGCUACACUCUAUCUGGGCUACUCGCUGCUCAUGGCUGUGGCCAUCAUGCUCUCCACGGGGACUAUAGGUUUGCUGGCUUCAUUCUACUUCGUGCACUACCUCUUCUCCUCCGUUAAAAUCGACUGACUGACUCACUAACAGACGAAAGACCAGGCCAGACCAGACCAGACCAUUUUCUCUCUAGUGUUUUUUUGAAUUUUUACUUGUUUUGGAAUGGAAUAUAAUGAUGGGUAGAUCGAUACAUAGAUAGAUAGAUAGAUAGAUAGCAAAUACAUUUGUUUUGAUUUGAUUUGAAUUGAUGUCGUGUAGUAGUAAUGAGUAUCUGUUGUGUUGUGUUAAUGAGUGAGGGAUUGAGUUGUGUUUGUAAUGAGACAGACAGACAGACAGACAGACACGACAGGACUGCCGAAGCCGAUAGAAUAAGUACCAACCCAACCCAACCCGACGCAACCAAACCAACACAAGAGAAGAGGGAGAGGCUAUGAUAGUAUCUAUCUCAACUGUUGUAUUUUGUUCUCCUCUCACCAUUUAAUACACACCAUUUUUACUUUUC